CUCUCAUAGACAAAGCAACAGACUGUCUGAAGACCGAGCCUUCACCGGUAUUCCAUUCAUGUGCAAUGGCUGAACAUCCCGCGUGAUCGUGCAGUAAACCCUAUGAAGGGAAAUCUGACCCCAAACCCAAUCUUAGCUCCGGUGAACCGCGAACCCACAUCAAGAACAUUACCUAAAUAAAAUUCUCUUUCUCCCCGCGUUCCCCUCGCUCAAUCUGGCCAUUCCCCCAGACCAGAUACUACCACUACUACUACCCUGGUCAUAGUCCAUCUCCCCUUAGAUCAAUCCCAGUCUUACAGCUACGUCAUCACCAACACCAUGCCCGACAAAGACGCCGGAACGCCCCGUGUUUUCCUCUACCGCCAUGGAGAGACCGAAUGGUCCAAAAGCGGCCGCUACACCGGCAUCAGCGAAAUCCAGCUAACCGACGACGGAGUGAAGCAAGUGACCGCUUCCGGCAAGAUCCUCGUAGGAGCUGGUAAGCUUAUUGACACAGCUAAACUGGCUCGUGUGUAUGUGUCUCCGCGCCAAAGGGCAAAGCACACCUUUGACUUGGCCUUCGGAGAGACCGAGAAGCAGGGUCUGAAGGAAGCUGGCAAGGUGGAGGAGACGGAAAGGCUGGCAGAGUGGGGUUAUGGCUUGUAUGAGGGGAUGUUGACCAAGGAGAUUCGCGCGCUGAGGAAGGAGCAUGGCCUCGAUGGUGAUAGGGCGUGGGAUAUCUGGAGGGAUGGAUGUGAGGAGGGAGAAUCACCUGCGGAUGUUACGGCCCGAAUUAAUAGCCUGAUCGAAGAGAUCAGAGCUCUUCAUCGGGGAAACAUGCACGGAGAGGCGCCCUCCGAUGUUGUCCUCAUUGCGCAUGGCCAUACGCUCCGGGCGUUUACCAAGCGCUGGUUGGGCUAUCCGAUGGAGUUUCCGUUGUCCAUGAUGCUGGAACCUGGUGCUGUGGGAGUUCUUAGCUACCAGCACCACAACAUUGACGAGCCUGCUUUCUUGGUUGGAUAUGGAUUUCCCUUGGAGAAAUGAUGCACUUGGAGACAUCUAAAUUAUAUGAAAGGUCGUAUAAUGAAUAAAUACCGGGUUUACUAGACAAUUUGAUUAUUCCACCACCAACCUAACGGCUCCGUCACCACAUCUCAAGGUAUUUGAGGAAAGAGCUACAGACACUCCUCCUUCAGCUUCAUGAUGUUCCUGCUUCCUUCCCUACAAUGCUCUUUCCUGUUCAAUCUUCUCAGCCUUCUAUAUCUUCUUCUCGUCCCCUUGAUAUCCUCUCUUC